UCUCCCGGACCAGUAGGCAAAGCUCUCGCUCCGUCCUUCCUGACGUGGUGGUCAAUCGGGAGGUGUUAGAUUUUUAUUUUCUGUAUGAUUUUCCCCUUUUUGGAUAAAUGGGAUUCAUGUGGGGUUUUCAUUGUUUUGUAGCUUUGAGGCGAUAUCAAGCAACCCACUGGUUGGAAUGUUUCGUCGGGCCAUUUGGUAUAUCAAGCCAACCGUCUGAGAGAGAGUUUGUUUCUUGUUUGAGAAGUGGCUUUGUACUUUGCAAUUUAAUUAACAAAGUUCAACCAGGAUCAGUUCCGAAGGUUGUAGAAAUCCACACUCCUUCACAGUCAAUCAUGUGGGAUUCUCAGCCACUGCCAGCAUAUCAAUAUUUUGAGAACAUCCGGAACUUUUUAGUAGCCGCGGAAGAUUUAAAGCUACCAGCUUUUGAGGGAUCUAUUUUUGGAAGGGAUAAUAUUGUUAAAAGCUAA